UCGCGUCAGAGGUUCUGAACAGGCUGUUCCCUCCCAGCCUGUUCUUCCACCUCCUCUCCCCGGAGAACUCCUACUUAUCCUUCAUGGCCCGACUCAAGCAUUUUUUUCCCCCUGUAUCCAAAUAGUCCCAGAACUUCUGACCCUCCCUGUACCUAGUGUACGAUUGUUACACAACUCUCUUGACCUCAGGUCCCAGCGCUCAGGCAGAGGGCGAAGGAAACACCCUUUGUAGGAGCAUCCACGGCUUCCAGUCUGGUCCGGUUGCUGGGAUGGAAACUAAGAACAGCCUUCCAUGAAGCCUGGAAUAAAUGAAUCUGCUCUCUCUCUGUAUCUGAUUGAUGAUCUUCAUCAGCACAGACAUGCAUCUAUAUUGCAUGCAGGUGACUGGAUGUCUGGAAUCCCCUCCCACAUCCUCAACAGCUCCCCAUCAGACCGGCAGAUUAACCAGCUGGCCCAGAAGCUAGGCCCAGAGUGGGAGCCCAUGGUGCUGUCUCUGGGACUGUCGCAGACCGACAUCUACCGCUGCAAGGCCAACCAUCCCCACAACGUGCAGUCGCAGGUGGUGGAGGCCUUUGUCCGCUGGCGCCAGCGUUAUGGGAAGCAGGCCACCUUCCUAAGCCUGCACAAGGGCUUCCAAGCAGUGGAGGCUGACCCUUCGCUGCUCCAGCACAUGCUGGAGUGACCAGACCCUUGCCACUUGCCGGUGCCCGGGUUCCCAAGUCACACAGGCUGAACUGGACUUUGCUCAGCAGGUGCCUUUGUUCUGGGUUAGGGUUUUUCUUUUCAAUGAUCCUCAGGUGGAAAGAGAACAUCUGGAUUCUACUCAAGAUCACGAAGUAGAUCCCCCACACUGGCUCAACAAUCUACUGGCUUUAAUUGCUCAAAGAUGGCAUUGUUGUAACUACCGUUUUGAACUUCAUGGUUUCCCUUUGAUGGAAGGCCAGAAAAAAACACACACCAAAAAAAAAAAAAAAUCAUGCUACAACAUCGCAUGCAGGUGUCCUGCACACAAGGCAGCCACACUUACGUUGCCUGGAAACUGGACUGUGGACUUAGCUCUUCUUAAUGAUGAUGAUAAUAAAAAGUGAAUUGUGGUAUA